GAGGGAGCGGGAGCGGGAGCGGGAGCGGGAGCGAGGGUGGGGGCCGCGGCGGGCGGCCCGGCGGCCUCCUCGCGCGACCCCCGAGCCCCUCGCCCGGUCCCUCGGCCGGAGACCGCCAGCAAAACUCGGGGGGAAGCCUUGCUGGACCGGACGAAAGCGAGAGGGACCCGGAGGACCCGCCUGGAUGGGGACCAGAGAGGAACAGAUCUGCCUGCUAACCCUAUCAAACCUUGUGUCCUUGCGCUGCAUUCAUUUAAUGACCUCGCCCUUUGUUGCGGCAUGCAGGAUCUAGUUCCCGGACCAGGGAUCGAACCCGGGCCCCCUGCAUUGGGAGCGCAGAGUCUUAACCACUGGGCCACCAGUUACCAAAAUCCCAGCAGGAUGUUGAGAAAUCAACCAACUGACAGAAGUGCAAAGGACAAGACUAUCCAAGGUCUCCGUUGCUGUGCGUGGGCUUUCUCCACUUGCGUACGCAGGAUCAGUUUGACCUCUGGAGGAGCUGGAAGCUGAAUAACUAAGGUCAGCCACGUGGCUGCUCCAUGCCUGUGAGACCUGACCCUCACCGCAAGCCCUGGGCAUGAAGUCUCAGAAAAGAUUUGAAGCUCAGAGAAGCCACAUUUUGCCCAAGAUGAAAGAACUAGCAAGAACAAGGGCCACAGCUGUCUAGCUAAUACAGGAGUGACCAGGUCCCCUGCCAGGGAGAACAAGAAAGGCCCACGUGGACUUUGCUGGAAACUGAGGUGCAAGCAACACUAGACUGGAGGAAUGAAGAUCAUGACAAGGAUGUUGAUACAUUCCCCCAAAGCCACGGACCCAGAUAAAAACUCCUGCUUUCCAGUUCCGACAUUGGAAGAUGACGAUGCAGUUGAUACAUGAAGAAGCACAAAUUGGACAGCUGACCCUAAUAAAUCAUAGAGGAGGAACAGGUGACAAGCACACACUCGUACCCAUGUGACUUCACUUCUACCAGCUCGCUCCAGCACAGGACAAGCGGCAGGUGUGGGUCACCCGCCCCUGUGGCAAGCCGCUGACAUGGUGAGAAGGACAGAGCAGAGGCAGGACCGGGCUGUGCUGAUCUGAUAAGAGGAUUAAGUUUCGGCUUCCCUCCCACCAUCCCUGAUGCCCUCGGACUAAGCAGCUGCCCCAGCUCAGCUCUUCCUCAGAUGCAAAACGUCUCUCUGCCCAGUUUCUGAGAGCCAAGGACGUUCCAGUUGUGGCAGAAGGAGCUCAUGAUGGUGGAUUCUUAACCACUGCGCACCAGGGAAGUCCUGGAAGCACUGAGUCUUAACCACUGGAACACCAGCCCCUUCCCAGGAGAGGCUCAAAGCCCGGAGCGACGGAAUCUGCGGAGCGGGACACAAAGCACAACCGCCAGAGCCGAGCAUGCGCAGUAGCCCGGCCCAGCCCGGCCGCUCUCGCCGCUGGGGGAGGGUCAUCCGAGCCUGACGUCCGCGACGCCGUCGUCAGCGCCCCGGGAAGAGGAGGGCGAAGACUCCAUCCGCCAUGUUGGAUGCCGCAGAUUCGCCAUAACCGCGCCGGCUCUUUUCUUAAAAAAAUAAAAAUAAAAAGCGAAGCAUCAGCGGAGCGCCCCGCCUUCUCGGUCGGCGCGGGAGGGGGCCCGGAAGAGCCCGAAGCUUUUUUUUCCUCCGCGGUGGGGGCGUUGCCAUGGAGACGCGGGCGGCAGAAAACCCAGCCAUCUUCAUGUGUAAAUGUUGUAACCUUUUCUCACCAAGUCAAUCGGAACUCCUCUCCCACGUUUCUGAGAAGCACGCAGAAGAGGGGGUUAAUGUGGAUGAGAUCAUCAUUCCCCUGAGGCCUCUGAGUACCCCUGAACCCACCAACCCAGGCAAAACCGGAGAUGAGUUUUCGGUCAUGAAGAGGAAGAGAGGCAGGCCAAAGGGGUCCACGAAGAAGGCCAGCCCCGAAGAGGAACUGGCGGAAAACAACGUUAUUCCCAGCGGGGACAGCCCGCGGGCCCCGGAGGGAGGGGGCAGCUUGGCUCCCAGCAGCCUGGAGUGCAGCAAGUGCUGCCGGAAGUUCUCCAACCCACGCCAGCUGAGGAAGCAUAUCUGCAUCAUCGUGCUGAACCUGGGCGAGGAGGAGGGAGAGGCAGGUAACGAAUCUGACCUUGAACUGGAGAAGAAGUAUAAGGAAGAUGAUCAAGAAAAGGCCCCGAAGAGACUGCGGACUCAGAGAGUGGAGAAAGUCCAGAAGGUCUGCUCGGGAAAAGAGGCCGCGCAGAUCUCCGGAGCCAAGAAGCCCAUCAUAAGUGUGGUUUUAACAGCUCACGAAGUGAUUCCAGGUGCUACCAAGAUUGUUCCGGUGGAGGCUGGGCCCCCGGAAACAGGAGCUGCAGACCCCGAGGCUGCGGCGGCUGACCUGGCGCCCCGGAGGGGGUACCAGGAGUACGCCAUCCAGCAGACACCCUAUGAGCAGCCCAUGAAGUCGAGCAGGCUCGGGCCCACCCAGCUCAAGAUCUUCACCUGUGAGUACUGCAACAAGGUCUUCAAGUUCAAGCACUCGCUGCAGGCCCACCUGCGGAUCCACACCAACGAGAAGCCGUACAAGUGCUCCCAGUGCAGCUACGCCAGCGCCAUCAAGGCCAACCUCAACGUGCACCUGCGCAAGCACACGGGCGAGAAGUUCGCCUGCGACUGCUGUUCCUUCACCUGCCUGAGCAAGGGCCACCUCAAGGUGCACGUGGAGCGGGUACACAAGAAGAUCAAGCAGCACUGCCGCUUCUGCAAGAAGAAGUACUCCGACGUGAAGAACCUCAUCAAGCACAUCCGCGACGCACACGACCCGCAGGACCACAAGGUCCAGGAGGCCCUGGACGAGCUCUGCCUGAUGACGAGGGAGGGCAAGCGGCAGCUGCUCUACGACUGCCACAUCUGCGAGCGCAAGUUCAAGAACGAGCUGGACCGCGACCGCCACAUGCUGGUCCACGGUGACAAGUGGCCCUUCGCCUGCGAGCUCUGCGGCCAUGGGGCCACCAAGUACCAGGCGCUGGAGCUGCACGUCAGGAAGCACCCGUUCGUGUACGUCUGCGCCCUCUGCCUCAAGAAGUUCGUCAGCUCCAUCCGCCUGCGCGCCCACAUCAAGGAGGCGCACGGGGCCGCCCAGGAGACCCUGGUCUUCACCAGCUCCAUCAACCAGAGCUUCUGCCUCCUGGGGCCCGGCGGGGACAUCCAGCAGGAGGCCCUGGGCGGGCAGCUGCAGCUGGCGGAAGAGGAGUUUGUGUUCCAGGGGGUGAACGCACCCAAGGAGGCGGCCGGCGCUGGGGACGCUCGUCCCGAGGAGGGGUCCGAGGUGCCCGCCGCGCCCGUGCGCUCGGCCGCCGCCCAGGCCGACAGCGCCGCCCCAGCACCCUGCGAGCCGGCGGCCUCCGCGGUGUCCUCGGACCUUCGUCCGCGCGCGGCGGUUUCCGAUGAGCUCCUGUUGAAGAGCGACCCCUCCUCUGCCGAGGCUCUGGCUGCCCCGGAGAAGAACUUGCACACCCAGCAGGGAGGCCCCAUGCCAGCUCAGGGCCAGGACGCCGCACCACUGCUGUCCAAGGCCAGAGGCGCCGCAGCAAAGCCGGAAGCCCAGGGCGCCGAGAGCCCCCCGGCUGAAGGGCAGCACGUGGCUGCCCUCCCAUCCGACGGCCCAGAUGCCGGCAGGGGUCUCAGGGCAAACCCAGCCGAGGCCUCAGACCCUCCUCCGGGAGCUGGUGGGAGGGACGCGGCCCUGUGCCGGCCUGACUCUCGCACGCCCGCCCCCGAGCACCGCGCGGGCAUCACUGCGUUCAUGAAGAUCCUGGACAGUUUACAGAAGAGGCGCAUGAAUACCGGCCUGUGCGAGAGGAUCCGGAAGGUGUACGGCGACCUGGAGUGCGAAUACUGUGGCAAACUUUUUUGGUACCAAGUGCAUUUUGACAUGCAUGUCCGCACCCACACCCGGGAACAUCUGUAUUAUUGCUCCCAGUGUCAUUAUUCUUCCAUCACCAAAAACUGCCUUAAACGCCAUGUAAUUCAGAAACACAGUAACAUCUUGCUGAAGUGUCCCACUGACGGCUGUGACUACUCGACUCCAGAUAAAUAUAAGCUGCAGGCACAUCUUAAAGUUCACACAGAGCUGGACAAAAGGAGUUAUUCUUGUCCUGUGUGUGAAAAGUCUUUUUCAGAAGAUCGAUUGAUAAAGUCACAUAUCAAGACCAACCAUCCCGAGGUUUCCAUGAGCACCAUUUCCGAGGUUCUCGGGAGGAGGGUGCAGCUGAAAGGGCUCAUCGGAAAGAGAGCCAUGAAAUGCCCGUAUUGUGAUUUCUAUUUCAUGAAGAAUGGCUCAGACCUUCAGCGUCAUAUUUGGGCUCAUGAAGGUGUGAAGCCCUUCAAAUGUUCUUUGUGUGAGUAUGCAACUCGUAGCAAGAGUAACCUCAAGGCUCAUAUGAAUCGUCAUAGCACUGAGAAGACCCACCUAUGUGACAUGUGUGGCAAGAAAUUCAAAUCAAAAGGGACACUGAAAAGCCACAAGCUCCUUCACACUGCUGACGGGAAGCAGUUCAAGUGCACGGUGUGCGACUACACAGCAGCCCAGAAGCCACAGCUGCUGCGGCACAUGGAGCAACACGCCUCCUUCAAGCCUUUCCGCUGCGCUCACUGCCACUACUCGUGCAACAUCUCGGGCUCCCUGAAGCGGCACUACAACAGGAAACACCCCAACGAGGAGUACACCAACGUGGGCACCGGGGAGCUGGCGGCCGACGCGCUCAUCCAGCAAGGUUGUUUGAAGUGUCCUGUGUGCAGCUUCGUUUAUGGCACCAAAUGGGAGUUCAACAGGCACUUGAAGAACAAGCACGGCCUGAAGUUGGUGGAGAACGAAGGAGAUCCCAAGUGGGAGCCAGCAACGGAAGCUCCGGAGGAGCCCUCCACCCAGUACCUGCACAUCACCGAAGCCGAAGAGGAUGUCCAGGGCACGCAGGCAGCAGUGGCUGCCCUCCAGGACCUGAGAUACACCUCAGAGAGCGGUGACCGGCUUGACCCCACGGCUGUAAACAUCCUCCAGCAGAUCAUCGAGCUGGGCACCGAGACCCACGAUGCCACUGCCGUUGCCUCGGUGGUCGCCAUGGCGCCCGGGACGGUGACAGUCGUGAAGCAGGUCACGGACGAGGAGCCCAGUUCCAACCGCACGGUCAUGAUCCAGGAGACCCUCCAGCAGGCCGCCGUGGAGCUGGCCGAGCAGCAUCACUUGGUGGUGUCCUCCGACGACGUGGAGGGCAUUGAGACGGUGACCGUCUACACGCAGGGCGGGGAGGCCUCGGAGUUCAUCGUCUACGUGCAGGAGGCCAUGCAGCCUGUGGAGGAGCAGGCCGUGGGGCAGCCGGCCCCGGAGCUCUAGGGGGCACGCGGCGUGGGACAGCACCACGGGGCAGGGCUGCCGGCCUCUGCGGAGCCGCCGGGACACGCAGGGCGGGGCGGCCCCAGGGCAGUGCUCUCCGCAGCGCCCUCCUCUGCGCUGUCCGCCCCGGCGGCCGCGUUGGGGCUCUCCUGGCCCCGCUUUGGGUGGGCGAGGGGUCAGCGUCACCAGCGACACAGGGCGCUGCCCCCGGCACAGGCACACACACCUUCCCCCGCGUCGUCUGCUUCCAGGAGGACCUGUGCCUCAACUCCCCAGACACGGCCCAUACCGCAUAGCCCCUUUGCUUCAAGCGUCGAACAGAGACCCCCAGUCCUCAUCAGCGUCUUCCCUGAAUCACAGCCCAACUCCUUGACCCCCGUCUAGGUGCCGGCUCUUUACCUGGGACUGGUCUGCAGCCUGGUAACCAGGAGACAGCUGUCAGAGAAAGUGACCUUACGGUUUUUGAAUCACCUGUGAGAGAAGAGCGGGGAGGGGUUAUCUACACAGUUCUACCCUCCUCAAGCAUCAAGGGCGCUUAUUAUCAUGUGAAGUAACUAUGGUUUGAUGGCCCUCCUGCUCCCAUCACAGGUGGUGGUCUCAGCUUACUAUCUUGGAAUUCUUUUGCUUUUAAAAUAAAUGCACUUUCUCCUAUUCACCUCCUGCUCUGAGGAGGUGGGGUGGAUAGAAUAAAAGCAUUCUCUGCCUGAGUACUUCUGCUCCUCUGUUAGGUUGGUGGGUUUACCUUUCCCCUUCCCAAAUCAGAAUCUUGGAUCUGGACCCCACCCAGCACCACCUCCUCUGAGACCCAGGACCGCCCCCUCUGAGACCCAGCACCUUCCCCUCUGAGACCCAGCACCUUCCCCUCUGAGACCCAGCACCUCCCCCUCUGAGACCCAGCACCUCCCUCUCUGAGACCCAGCACCACCCACUCUGAGACCCAGCACCUCCCCCUCUGAGACCCAGCACCUCCCCCUCUGAGACCCAAGCGCUUAAAAUGUGACAGUGAUGCUCGUUCUCCCUCUGAAGCACUAGCCUUGCUUUGGGGCCACUGUUUGAGGUUAACGGUCUUACGCCCCACGUCCUGGCGCCUCGCAUUGGGUUUGCCGCAGCCCCUUCCCACCUCGGGAGGAGCAGUAAACCGACAGUCAGGAGCCUUUGUGAUGCUCUCUAGUCCGACUGACCUUUUUAGUCCUGGUGCUCGUGAUAAAUCCCAUAUCUUUUGGCGCCUCUGCCGUGUGACAGCUUUGUGGAGGCACCGAGGCGAGUCCUACUGCCCCCGUCCAGCCCCGGGGUCUCCUGACAUUGUCACCCAGCAUCCAGCUCACUGAGGUCAAGAUCUUUUUUCUAUCAAAUGAAAUUUUAUUUAAUUUAUAGUGAUUCUAACCAAUUGUUUGAAUAAACCAUCCUUUUAAGUUGUAAAUUACCAA